GUUAAUAGAUUGGUAAAAAAAUUUGCUUGACUUGUCCCAUACGCAACAACCUUGCCUAUCUUGUAGGCACUAGGCCUAAGAAAACCCACAAGCUUCUUUUAGAUCUCAGUAUCCUUCUUCUUCCUCUUUACCUCUUUCAGGCUUUCUAUAUAAAGCCAUUAUCAUCAUCAAGUUAUCUUUAUCAUGAGAAACCAUCAAGUUAUCUUCAUCAUGAGAAUGGGAGAAAUAAGAAAGUGGUAUGUGGCUAUAAUGGCGUUGAUACAAGUAGUGAGCUGGGUGUGUGCAACAAGCAGACCUACUGCUUCCAGUCAUGUUUCUUUUCAUCCAGGGAUAUUAAGCCCACAGGCGGCAGAAUACAACUCUAGGAGACCACCUAUAUUGAAGCCAAAUGAGAAAACAGAGAUAGGAGAGAUGGAGAAGAGAAGAAUAGGAUCAAAGCCACCAAAUUGUGAGAAGAAAUGCUAUGGAUGCGAGCCAUGUGAAGCAAUCCAAGUCCCUUCCAUUUCUUCAGUUCCUAACCUCUCUACUCAUUAUGCUAAUUACCAACCUGAGGGUUGGAGAUGCCACUGUGCCCCUUAAUUAAUUAUUCCUUAACUAGACUUUGUUAAAAACUUAACAUAUAUUUCAUAUUAUUCACAUGACUCUCUUGUAAAUAAUUAUCAUCAGCAUUUCAUGUUUAAUUAAGGAGUGAAAGUUAUAUAAAAUGAGAAACAUUAAUCAACUUUUCGCAUAC